AUGUCCUCCGAUUCUUCAUCCUCGUCGUCAUCGUCUCCAGAACCCGAUAAGAAGAAGAAGGAUAAAGAGAAGAACAAGAAGAAGGAAAAGGAUAAGAAGAAGCGUAAGGAUUCUUCUUCAUCUUCGUCAUCUUCGUCUCCACCGCCUUCACCUCCUCGACGUGAGAAGGAAAGGAAGAAAGACAAGAAGAGUUACAAAGAGCGUGACCUCUCCAUCUCUUCCUGCUCAACCUGCCGCUCGCCGUCACCGCGCAGAAGAAGAGACAGCAGCGAUGAAAGCCCUUCCCGUUACGAAAAG